AUGGUUACCAGGGCAACAGCGUCACUAGUGGAAGUAAAGCACCACGACUGUAAACCUGUCAGUAUUAUAAACUCACAGGAUAUUGCAUAAAUCGCAAAUAUUGAUCUGAAAAAAAAAACACCUGUUUGGUUUUGAAAAGAAAUUCUGAACUGGAGAGCUUAAUGUAACAGGGCUCUAUUGCACAUCGGGUAUGGAGAACAUUUUUGAUGUAAUGGAACAUCUACUGAAUGCUGAUUCCUAGCUAUAUUGUACUUGCAUGCCGAUGUAUAUAUAUGUAUGUGUGUUAACUAGUCAUGUCCAAUUUUUCUUAAUCGAGUGGCGAAUGUAAGUAUUAAGUGUCUUGUAUCGCGUUUUUAUCUUUAUAUCCCCAUAAUUUCAGUUUUGGUUGCGGCUACUUGCAUGCUGUACUCUCACCGAAAUGAAAACGGCGUCCAUUAAAAGCUCGGGUAAUACUGUACGCGUCCUCAUUGUUAGUAGAAAUACCGAGUCAGUCUUUGCGCUGCUUUGGUGUGUUAUUUAAGGGUGAAUUGUGUUUGGUCCGGUCAUGUCUGGUUCGUGUCAUUUUCACAUGUGAACCCACAAAUGGAAUUGAAUGAAAUAUAUUUGCCUCGUAUCCAGUUUGCAUUCUGAACUGGUUUUAGUUCCCACUGUUAUUAUUGGUCUUGCCUGAUAUAUGGAAUACCUUCAUGAUGUGUUUAUUUUUUCUUCACUGCGCAUAGCUAGACACCCACUUAACAAAUGUAACAUCUAAUGUCAACAUGUCAUGUCAACAAUUUCUGUAGCAGACUGUGAUGCUUGAUAAAUUAACGUAAGCAGUGUUUUUUGACCAAGCGUGGUACUUUCUCUGAACAAAUAUACCAGAUGAAAAAGACAGUUUCCUUUUACACUAAAACCCUGACUCAAACCCAAUAGGAUUGCAAGAUUGUCUUUUCCAAGUGUAUCGGACUCUAAAUUUUGCAAAAACCGAAAUCGGUGUUCCGUUUUAACAUCAUCCGUUGACUGCUAUUGAUCAAUGACCGAGCUGUUGUUUUUGCAGCAGGGGCUCCAACCAUAUUCGUGUUUUGUACUGUAGACAGUGAGACAUGCCAACACAACGCGCACAGUUAAUAUGAGGCCCAUCGAAACUCAGAGGUGAUUGUGAUUCAUCUCCUGUGCUGGGGUGGGUUUGUUCUCAGAGCUUGUUGCACUGUACUGUACAACCGCUGUGCUAAUUUGAUGUAAUUUCUCUCUGGACAUGAGCUCUGAAGAACGACAUGCCAAGACAUACCCUCAACUUCCCAUCACUGGCGCCUUUAGAAAGGCCCCGGAGCUCAGGCAGGUCUUCUCACUCCGUGCCCCACGAGGCGCUGCUCCCAGCUGCCGCCCGGAGCAGCGUGGGCCAGUCGGACAGCAGGUCCAGCCCCCGAGAGAAGGCCACCGCUGCCCUGGUGGAGCAGGCCUUCCACCUCCAGGAGGAGAUCGUCGCCGGCCUGCAGGGGGCGCUGAGCAGAGACUGGGGGGACCAGGCGGCCAGGCGGCUCCUGGAGGAGCACAUCUUCAACAUCACGGCCAUCGUCCGACGGAUAAAUACAAACAUCGAGAUUCUGCGGGAACAGAUCCGAACCCGGGACGGAGUUGCCUAUGGUGCCAACACUGCAGUCAGGAGCCUGGAGCUGCACCAGGUCUCUACCCUGGGUGACCUGCGAGGCAGGAUUGCCAGGUGUGAUGCUAGCAUCGCCCGACUGUCAGCCGACAUCAGAUCUGCAAACGUGCAGAUCCAGAGCCUUGGCAAAGACCAGCAAUUAUCAAAAGCUGCCUUGGAAUCCCAGAUAAAGGAUGUAGAUGUUAAGAUCUCUGUUGUGUACAGUAAGAUUGAACAGUCAGCUGCUCUCCAGGAGGCCAAGAUAAAAGCUUCACAGGGAGAUACUGGUCACCAACUCCACCUGCUGGACACAAAGUUAAAAAUAGUCUCUGAUGAACUGAAAGGACAAAUGAUGUCCAUUCGAACCUGGCUGGAGAAGGAACAGGAGAAUACAGCAAAGGAGGUCAUUCACAAGAUUGAGGAACUCUCUGGGCUCAUAAAGACCACUAUUGACAGCAAUGACAGAAUUGUGGAAGAGAAGUACAGCCAACUCUCUGCCAAGCUCGAUAAGAUUGAGGAGACACAAAAAAUGAACAUGGGGUUGCAGAGGGUGAAGCACGCAGAGGAGAAGUUAAACGCCCGAAUAACAAAAAUCGAGAAGCAGCUGUGGGAGGAGGUGGAGAAUAUGAGAGCAGAAACCAACACUGGUUUUGCGGCCAUCCACGAGAGCCUGGGGUCCCUGCGUCUGGUGCUGGAGGCGAAGCUCAGGCUGGAGAAGGAGCAGCUGCAGAAGCAGAUUGCGCAGGUGAAGAGGAGGGCCAGGCCAUCCUGACAGGGCAGCCUGGGGUGACACUGGGGAGUAAGACUUGUAGAUAACACACCUUUCCGAUCUCUGAUACGCCUCCAGGACUUUUUCCAGUGCAGAAUGUGAUUCCCAUGUUCUGAAAGUAACUGCAUGAUGUUAAUGGAGCAGGUGUAUCGGCAAUAGUUCUGCAACGACUGCUCCUUUUCCCUUUAAACCUGUUGGACUGUUAGCUGUGGUUCGUUUUGGGUUCAAAAAGAGUGAUGCAAAAUUUUGCACCAGAGGAAAAAGAUUUGAAUGGUGAGCAUGAGCAAUAUGUUGGUUGACCUUGUAUGUUGUUUGCUGUACAGAGGGGGUAUCAAAAAAUACCCUAAAUCUAUCAAUUGAGGUGAGCCUGAGGUUCAUCCAGUAUAAAUUCAGUGUUAUUUCAGAAGCACUUUUCAUCAACUGUACUACCAUCAUAUGGAAAGAAAAUGGAUGUAGAUGUCAUUUAAAAAUAACUUAUAAAGGGUUUCAGACAAAUGAGACAUUUGGCUUCCUCACUUGAAUUUUCACAACAUAUCUGGUUUUGCCUCUAUACAAGAUGUUUUAUAACUUAUUGAAAAACUUUUUAUUUUGUUAGAAACAUCCUUUUUUUAUUUUAAGUUUACAAACAGUAUUGUACUUAAUGUAUUAUAUACUGCAAUCAGUAUUUUGUGACAAGGUCUGAAGCACAAUCUUGUUAUAAAAGAAGAAUCUUUUUGUCCAAACAAAGUAUUUUAUUUUCUGCUAUUUUUCUUGUGUCCAUCUAGCACGUAAUAAAACUGUAUUAUUUGGU